CGCGUUGGUAUUAAAAUGUCGAGAAAUUGUGGUGGCAUGAUCAUGCUUGCCGUAAUCGUUUUCGUCGUGUGUCUCAUAAAUUCUGGAGAGAGUGUUGAGUACAAAAUAGUGAAGACUAAAAAUGGGGCUGUUCGAGGUAUUAGUGACACGACAAUGAUGAAAAAUGUCAGUUUCUACUCGUUCAAAGGAAUUCCGUAUGCAAAAGCACCUAUUGGUGAACUGAGAUUCAAAGCUCCUGAACCAGAUAAAUCGUGGGCUCCAGCAAUAUUGAAUGCUACCGCACAUGGAAAGAAUUGUUUGAGAACAACUGCAUUUGACAAUGACACCCAAUCGCAAAGCGAAAAUUGUCUCUUUUUGAAUAUCUACGUGCCAGCUGAUGUUCAGCCCGGUGAAAAGUUAGCUGUUUUGGUGUUCAUUCACGGUGGUUCAUUUUUGGCUGGUUCUGGCGACGAUGAUUUUUACGGGCCCGAUUUUAUAGUCGAAAAGCGUACAAUUUUGGUUACAUUAAACUAUCGGUUGGGAAUAUUCGGUUUCAUCACCUUCAAUGCCCCAGAAUACUCCGGUAAUAUGGCAUUGAAAGACCAACAAUUGGCAUUGAAAUGGACUCAUGAAAAUAUUGAAAGAUUUUCGGGUGACCCGAACCGAAUUACUCUCUUCGGUCAAAGCGCUGGCGGUGUUUUGGCCAAUUUUCAAAUUCUAUCCAAAGAAUCACGCAAAUACUUCCGUAAUGCGAUUGUUAUGAGUGGAACAACUGACAAUAUGUGGGCAAUUUCUGAUUCGAAUAAACUCUUUGAUUUUGCGCACAAAAUUGCACGUGAAACGGGCAAUCCACAAGAAACUAUAGAUGGAUUGAUUAAGUUCUUCAAACAGGCACCUGCCGAAAAAAUCGUUAAUUACUUAAAUGAUCCAUCAUACGUUCGAAGAAAUCCCCUUACCAUUUAUGCACCAAUUAUUGAAAAGCCGGAUGCAGUUCGACCAUUUAUCACUAAAUAUCCUGAAGAAAUCUAUGAUGAAUGCAAUAUUAAUACUGAUGUUAUCUUUUCACUGUGCUCCUUGGAAUUCGUUACAUCUUAUGCAUCGGAAACACUAAUUUCGCUGGAAGAACUUGAUCGAAAUUUCAGUUUGCCGUUACCAUUCAGAGAAGCCAUAGAUUUAUCGUAUGAUUCGCCGGAAUACAAAAAAUUGGCUACUGAAAUUCGUCAAUUCUACUUUAAAGAUGCUGCCGUCAAUGAACAAACUUUAAAGCAAUACCUUGAACUUUUUUCUGAUGUUUAUUAUGGAUAUGGAAUCGACAAAUCAGCAAAACUACAUGCCGCCAAAUCAUCUGCAGAUGCAUUUUUAUAUCAAUUUUCCGUCAAAUCAAUAUUGAAUCUUUCCACACGAAUCAAUCCAAAUGCUAAUCUGACCGUAUAUGGGGCAGGCCAUGGCGAUGAUUUAUGCUACAUAUUCGGUUGCCGACAAUAUCGAUCAUUUUAUAAUGAAGUUUUCAGCACGCCAAAUGAUGAACAAUCGAAGGUCAGCUUGAAAACAUUUGAGGAUAUGUCUACAUUGUUUACGAAUUUUGCCAAAUAUGGAAAACCGAUUCGGAAUGGUAAACCGAUCAAAGGAUUCAAACCCAUUCGAAAGAAUCGAGUGAAUUUUCUUGAUUUCACCAAUGAUGGUUUGGCACUUGGUGUAAAUCCAAAUAAAAAAGCCAUCGAAUUCUGGACGUACAUUGGACAAGAAUUAAAUGAAAUAGUUACAUAAAUUUGAAUAGAAAGACUAAAAUAAAUGAUUUUUAUUUUUUAUUUCAA